UAGAAACAUAGGUGUAGAGUCUGUCUUUCGCAACAGCAUCAGAAGUGGGAGGAAGCAUGUUCUCCAAGGGAUGAAGGAGGUUUGGGCAUCAGAAGGUUAGAAAUUAUGAAUAAGGCCUUGCUAAUGAAGUUGUUAUGAAAGAUUGAAACUGAAGAUGAAGAAUGGAGAAGGUUCAUGGGGGCCAGGUAUUAGUUAUUACAGUCAAUCUUCCAUUUUGCCUGGAAUCAAACUGGUAACGAGUCAGGUGGAUGAUGGAAGUAGGCGGCUAGUUGGAGAUAUGAAAAGUAUAUCUGUAUGGAGGGAUAUAUGGGUAAUGGACUAUGCCUUGAUUGGAGAGUGGAGAAGUUGAUUGUGGAUGGUGAAUGGAAGAUACCUAUUGAGAUGUACAAACGUUUUGCAAAGGAUGAUUUGCCUGUAUUGCGCAGUGGAGCUGAUUUAUGUGGCUAGUGCGGUGCAGAUGAUUAGAGAUAAAUAUCAUGUUCUUCCUUGGGCUAAGGAAAUGAGGUAUUGUUAAACACCACAUAGAAGCCUAGCCAAAUUUUAGCAUAUUAAGAAGUUUCCAUAAAAAGGUGUAUGAGUUCCAGAAUCUUCCAGAUGUUUCUGCAACCCCACUUCCCUUUUAUUUGAUCCACUUUCCUUUAAUUGAUCCUCCAGAAACUUCUGGAGAAACCCCACUGAUCGCAUAGGCACUUUAUUACCUUUGUCCUGUUGCUGUAGGCCUGCGUUGUUCCGUGAUAAAAGUGGCAAACUUAGGAAGCACAAAAUGAUAUAAACGCAACAUAAAAAAUAGUUUUAGCAUAUUUAGAGGUUUCCAUAUAUACAGCAUAUUAAGAAGUUUCCAGACAGCGGUGCGUAAGUUCCAGAAUCUUCCAGGUGUUUCUAGAACCCAACUUUCCUUAUUUGAUCCCACUUUCUUUUAGUUGAUCUUUCAGAAACUUCUGGAUCAAACUAGAGAUAUCCAUUCCUGUAUAUAUAAACAACAACCAACCUUGUCUUUCUCCUCACAAAGUUAUUCUUAUUCAAAAGAAGCUUCACAAAAUUCUUAUAACAAAGUUCUGCAACUCUUUUAAGCAAAUUUUUUUCUUCUGUGAGUUAUCAUAAUAUUGAAAGAGAAUGGCAGGAAAAGGUGAAGGACCAGCAAUUGGUAUUGAUUUGGGUACAACAUAUUCAUGUGUAGGAGUGUGGCAACAUGAUCGCGUAGAGAUUAUUGCUAAUGAUCAAGGCAAUAGAACUACACCUUCUUAUGUUGCUUUUACCGACACUGAACGUUUGAUUGGUGAUGCUGCUAAGAAUCAAGUUGCAAUGAACCCUAUCAACACUGUCUUUGAUGCAAAGCGUUUGAUUGGGAGAAAGGUUUCGGAUUCAUCAGUUCAAGCUGAUAUUAAGCUGUGGCCUUACAAGGUUACAGCUGGACCAGGUGAAAAACCCGUGAUUACUGUGACUUACAAAGGAGAAGAGAAGGAGUUUUCAGCUGAAGAAAUUUCAUCUAUGGUUCUCAUCAAGAUGCGCGAGAUUGCAGAGGCGUACCUUGGUUCUUCUAUAAAGAAUGCGGUUGUUACUGUCCCUGCAUACUUCAAUGACUCGCAGCGUCAAGCUACAAAGGAUGCUGGUUCCAUUGGUGGUCUUAAUGUCCUGAGAAUCAUCAAUGAACCAACUGCUGCUGCAAUUGCGUAUGGUCUUGAUAAGAAAUCAUCGAGUACAGGGGAGAAGAAUGUUCUAAUUUUCGACCUUGGAGGUGGUACAUUUGAUGUUUCGUUAUUGACUAUUGAAGAGGGUAUUUUCGAAGUGAAGGCUACUGCUGGAGAUACUCAUCUUGGAGGAGAAGAUUUUGAUAACAGGAUGGUGAACCACUUUGUGCAAGAGUUUAAGAGGAAGAAUAAGAAGGAUAUCAGUGGAAAUCCUAGAGCAUUAAGAAGGUUGAGGACUGCUUGUGAGAGGGCAAAGAGGACUCUUUCAUCCACUGCCCAGACUACAAUUGAAAUUGAUUCUCUCUAUGAGGGUGUUGAUUUCUACACGUCUAUUACUCGUGCCAGAUUCGAAGAGAUGAACAUGGAUUUGUUCAGGAAGUGUAUGGAGCCCGUCGAGAAGUGCUUGAGGGAUGCUAAGAUGGACAAGAGCAGCGUUCAUGAUGUUGUUCUGGUUGGUGGAUCAACUCGGAUUCCUAAAGUGCAGCAGUUGUUGCAGGAGUUCUUCAAUGGGAAGGAACUCUGCAAGAGCAUUAAUCCCGAUGAAGCUGUGGCUUAUGGAGCGGCUGUGCAGGCUGCCAUUUUGACUGGUGCAAGUAAUGACAACUUGAAUCAGAUUUUGCUGUUGGAUGUUGCUCCUCUCUCCCUUGGGCUUGAGACUGCCGGAGGGGUUAUGACUACUUUGAUUGCAAGAAAUACCACCAUUCCCACCAAGAAGGAGCAAGUUUUCUCUACCUACUCUGAUAACCAACCUGGAGUGCUGAUUCAGGUCUUUGAAGGGGAGAGGGCAAGAACCAGGGAUAACAACUUGCUUGGUAAAUUUGAGCUUUCUGGAAUUCCAGCUGCGCCUCGUGGUGUCCCUCAGAUCACUGUUUGCUUUGAUAUCGACGCAAAUGGUAUUCUUAAUGUAUCUGCUGAGGAUAAAACUACAGGAAAGAAGAACAAAAUCACAAUCACAAAUGAUAAAGGAAGGUUGUCCAAGGAGGAGAUUGAGAAGAUGGUGCAGGAGGCAGAGAAGUACAAGACAGAGGAUGAAGAACACAAGAAGAAAAUCGAGUCGAAGAAUGGUUUGGAGAAUUAUGCUUACAAUAUGAGGAACACCAUCAAGGAUGAGAAUAUUGCUGGGAAGUUAGCACCAGAAGACAAGAAGAAGAUUGAGGAUGCCAUUGAAGCUGCUAUCCAGUGGCUUGACUCCAACCAGCUUGCAGAGGCUGAUGAAUUUGAUGACAAGAUGAAAGAGCUGGAGAGUCUCUGCAACCCAGUCAUCGCCAAGAUGUAUCAAGGCGGUGCUGGACCUGACAUGGGCGGUUUUGGUGGCAUGGAUGAGGAUGGUCCUUCAAUGGGUGGUGGUGCAGGACCUAAGAUUGAGGAAGUUGAUUAAAGUGGAGGCAUUUGAGUGCCUGGGACCCUGAAGGUGGAGGGGUUUUAUUUUCUUUAGCUCAGUUUUACCUUACUCUUCUUUAAGUUUUUUAUUUUUCUCCAACAGUAGUUUUGAUAGAAGUUCACAUAACGAAUGGAAAUAUUUUCAGAUUUUGAUUUCUUUA